AGAGCUCUAGAGCCGAGUUGCAAUUCCUCUGCUCACCAACGCAAAGCAAAUAAGAUCGUUGCGCGAUGUCGACCGAGACAACCAGACGACCCAACUUCCUGAUCAUCGUAGCGGAUGAUCUAGGUUUCAGCGAUAUCGGAGCCUUCGGCUCAGAGAUCUCGACGCCGAACCUUGACAAGCUAGCGAGCGAAGGGAUCCGCCAGACCGGGUUUCAUACAGCUUCCGCAUGCAGCCCUACCCGGUCCAUGUUGAUGAGCGGGACCGACAACCACCUUGCCGGUCUGGGCCAGAUGGCAGAGACGAUCGCUCGGGACCCGCUCUACCAGGGUAGGGUCGGGUAUGAAGGGAUGUUGAACGAGCGCGUAGCGGCUUUGCCUGAGAUCUUGCAAGAUGCGGGUUACGAGACGAUCAUGUCCGGGAAAUGGCACCUCGGCCUCCCGAAACACGCUCAACCUCAUGCCCGCGGGUUCGAGAAAGUCUUCAGUUUGCUUCCCGGCGCUGGAAACCAUUACCUGUACGAACCAUUCCUAGAGGACGGAACCCCUGCCAUCAAGAUGCUUCCUCCCCUCUAUACCGAAGGCCCCGAUCAGAUCUCUCACAAAGAUAUCCCUAACAUCCCAGCUGAGGGAUUCUACUCGACCCAGUAUUUCACGGAGCGCAUGCUCGGGUUCCUCAAAGACCGAAAGACGAACGAAAAGGGGGAGGAAAGGCCUUUCUUUGCGUAUUUGCCUUAUACUGCACCGCAUUGGCCUUUACAAGCGCCGGAAGACAUCGUAGCGAAGUACAAAGGCAAAUACGCCGAUGGACCUGAAGCGUUGCGUCUCUCAAGGCUGGCCAACCUCAAGGAAUUGGGUCUUAUCGCCCCUGAUGUUGCACCGCACCCAAUGGUCUCCGCCUACGGGACGGAAGAAUGGGCUAAUCUUUCUGAGGAGGAACGACAGCUUAGUCAACGCAAGAUGGAGGUCUACGCGGCGAUGGUGGAAAUCAUGGACACCCAGAUCGGACGGGUCGUCGAUUACCUGGCUUCGACCGGGGAACUGGAUAACACGUUCGUCUUCUUUAGCAGCGAUAACGGAGCUGAGGGAUCACUGUUGGAAGCUAUCCCGAUGAUGGGCGAAGCGCUCCAAGCUACCAUCCGGAAGUACUUCGACAACUCCCUUGAUAACAUCGGACGGGGUAACUCGUUUACUUAUCUGGGACCUCGAUGGGCUCAGGCUGCUACGGCGCCAUCCAGGAUGUAUAAGGCCUGGUCGACGGAGGGAGGAAUCCGAUGCCCGGCCAUCGUACGACACCCUUCGAUCCCGGGUGAGAAGAGGGGCGAAGUGGAACAUGCGUUUACUACCGUGAUGGACAUCCUACCUACAGUGCUGGAUUUGGCUGGCGUUUCGCAUCCAGGGAGGGCGUUCCGCGACCGUACCGUCCUGCCGCCCAAGGGGAAAAGCUGGACGCGUUGGUUAUCCGGGGCCGAGGGGGAUGUACAUGAUGAAAACGCUGUGCACGGUUGGGAACUCUUUGGCCAAGCGGCCAUCAGACAAGGCGGUUGGAAAGCCGUUUGGUUGCCGCCGCCUACAGGGAACGGCGAAUGGUUACUCUUUGAUCUGUCUACCGAUCCUGGCGAGACGAAAGACCUUGCCCGCACGAAUCCUGAUAAACUGGUCGCGCUGGUCAAAUAUUGGCAUGAGUACGAGGCAGAGACAGGUACGAUCUUGAGACCUGUCGAUGAGGGGACGGGGCCUGGUUCAGGGGGUUUCGGGAGGUUUACGGGAGUAGAUUGGGCGGACUGGGGGCAGUGAUGCUUUCGUCAGCUCCAGCCAACGUGACUCUUGUCAAAGCGCAGGCUCGAGUCCGGAUACGUUUGAGCAUCAUCUCCCAUCGCUUCUUUCAAUGCUGCCAGCAAUAAACUUUGCAACAUUCAACUCCAAACCC